AUGCCACCAGCCCGGUUCCCUGGAGAUGGCUUAGACUUCCGCCGGCCGGUCACAUCCACAUUUUCAGUGCCCCCCGACGAGGACUCGGAAGUUAUAGAUCUUACAAAUGAACCCGACUCGCCAGAACUUCCUAGAGGCCAGGUACUACCUGAAAGCAGCUCAAGACGGCAUCGACCCCGACCACCACGAUUUGGACGAAACAUCAUGGCAGAUUUCAUCGACUUGGCUGAAGAAGAAGAUGAGGAUUUCGAUGCUCCGAGCAGUCCCGAGGUAGAAUUUGUCUCAGAAACCACACGCCCGACGCCGGCACCCCAGAAUCAUAGUCAAGAACGCAUCCUAGCCUCCAACUUCUGGCGUAUGCUGCCGUUACCACAUGCAUUGCUUGGAUCCACGAACGAUGUACCCCGCCGGCGAAGAACUCCAUGGCAGUCCGCUGAGAUAGACACGCUGUUAGUGGGACGUAACACCGGAGCUCAGGAGAACUGGGCCUUCAGAAUACCGUUUCCGUCUGUUCAACUCGAACCCUCACCGGAGCGAGAUCGGCGAAGGGACACCUACAAGCCACCGAGCCCGGCGCCUGAGGGUUUCACACGAAGUGCGGAAGAGGAUGAUGUCGCUAUUUGCCCCAACUGCGAUGAAGAACUCGGAAAGGGAGACGAGCUGAAGCAGCAGAUCUGGAUAUCGAAACCAUGCGGCCAUGUGCGUAUCAAAUUAUACUUGUCUGCUUCUCCUUAUCUAACCGUUGCUGUAGGUAUACUGUGGGGAAUGCACAACGAAUCGUUCAGUAACGAAGGCGAAGAAAAAAGCACCAAAGACGAAGCCUUUUGCCAGAUGUCAAGUUCCUGGUUGUGGCGAGAAGACCAGCUCACCUAG